AUCGGUUGAGCGCAUCUCCGUGUGUGAGUGAGAGUCGGUCUAUAUAAUGGGCAACACCCACAGCAUUUCUUCAGUCACCCAGGCCCGAUGGGGGUCAGUCGAGCAGUGCAGUAAAGUGAAGUGAAGUAAAGUGAGGUGAAGUGAUGUGAGAAUUAAGGACUUGGAGGAAAUACACUAGUCCGCUACUCCAACAUUUUAUUUAACAUUUUAGCCUGCUGCCUUAACAGCUGGCAGCCCUGACUCAACAGGUUGCAGUAAAUCAGUGUUGGGAAAUGUGUUAAGAACAGCUGAUGCGACUUUGCUCAUCUCUAUUGUUGUUUAUAUAUUUUGUAAGCAUAUUUUUAAUUUGAUAAUGCGGCGAUUUGUUAGCGUAUUUGGUAAAGAAAAAUGCAAAAUAAUUGGCAUGAUACAUGUGGAUGCAUUGCCAGGCACUCCUCGCUAUGCCGGCAACUGGAAUCAGACUAUUGAGAAGGCCAAACACGAGGCGGAGCUGUACAGGAGACAGCAAAUGGAUGCCGUGCUCAUCGAGAAUAUGCACGAUAUACCCUACGUGCAGGAUCGUCACCUUGGCGCUGAGAUUGUUUCGUGCAUGACGCGACUGUCGCUGGCCGUGCGCGAUAUUCUGCCCAAGCAGACGCCUUGCGGCGUGCAGGUGCUCGCCUGUGGCAACAAGCAAUCGCUGGCCAUAGCCAAGGCCUGCCAGCUGCAAUUCAUACGCGCCGAAGGCUUUGUCUUCGGCCACGUGGCCGAUGAGGGCUACACGGACGCCUGCGCCGGCGAGCUGCUGCGCUAUCGCAGGCAGAUCGAUGCGGAGGAUGUGCUCAUAUUUACGGAUCUGAAGAAGAAGCACAGCUCGCAUGCCAUAACAGCAGACGUCAACCUGCUGGAAACGGCUCAUGCGGCGGAAUUCUUUCUCACGGACGGAAUCAUCGUCACGGGCACGGCAACAGGCCAGGCAGCUAGUCCCGCAGAUGUCCAGGAGCUAGCCGGCCAGCUAAAGGUGCCACUCAUAAUAGGCUCGGGCGUAACCAGGGACAACAUAAGUCAAUAUUUCCCAGAUGCCCAAGCUGCCAUCAUUGGCUCCCACUUCAAGCGCGACGGCGACUGGCAGCAGGAGAUCGACGAGCGGGCCUUGGAGGGAUUCAUGAGCCGAGUCAGAGAGCUGCGAGGCGCGUGCUGAUGUAAAGAGAUUGGCAAAAAAGUCAUAAAUACGCUCGCGUAGCGAUGGGGCUUUGAUAGCCUCUGCAUUGCUUCCACUGCUGGGGAAGACGAAUG